AUGUUCACCACCGACCACAAGGACGACAACCCUGAAAAUGAGAGCUUCUUCCACAAGCUGAAGAAGCCCUUCCGCGAGCUCGAGGAGAAGCUCGAGGGCACCCACCUCCACGACGCCAAAGUCCACCUAACCCACAAGAAGCACCAAAUCGGCAAGUUUGCCAACCUCUUCAACGCGAACCACCGCCACGACGAGGAGCACGAAAAGGCGACCGACGACAAGCGAGCCAAGAUCGCCGAGGAGCACCGCUUCAAGUCCUUCUUCCCCGAGCGCGACGGCAACCUCAUCAAGUGGUAUGUCGACGGCCGCAAUUACUUCUGGGCCGUCUCCGAGGCCCUCGAGCAGGCCAAGGAGACCAUCUACAUUGCCGACUGGUGGCUGUCGCCCGAGCUGUUCCUCCGCCGCCCGCCGCACUACAACCAGGAAUGGAGACUGGACAAGGUCCUGAAGCGCCGCGCCGAGGCGGGAGUCAAGAUCUUCAUCAUUGUUUACCGUGAGGUUGAGGCUGCGCUGACGUGCAACUCGGCGCACACCAAGCACGCCCUGCAGGCCCUCUGUCCCGAGGGUACCCCUGGAUAUGGAAACAUCAGAAUCAUGCGCCACCCUGACCACAACGUCUUUGAGAACGCCGCCGACAUGACCUUUUACUGGGCCCAUCACGAGAAGUUCAUCGUCAUUGACUAUGCGAUGGCUUUCAUUGGAGGCCUCGAUCUCUGCUUCGGUCGCUGGGACACUAACGACCACCCGCUCGCCGACGUGCACCCCGAAGGUGUGCAGAAUGAGGUCUGGCCUGGCCAGGACUUCAACAACAACAGAAUUAUGGACUUCCAGAAUGUGCAGGACUGGAAGCAGAAUGAGCUGAGCAAGGCGCAGUACGGACGCAUGCCGUGGCAUGACGUCUCAAUGGGUGUCGUUGGACCCUGCGUCUACGAUAUCGCCGAGCACUUCGUCCUGCGCUGGAACUUUGUGAAGCGUGACAAGUACAAGCGCGACGACCGAUUCGACUGGAUCCAGCUUCAGAACCGGCUGAAUGAGGAUGAGGAUCUUGUGGGAGUGCAGAGGCCUAAGCACCCGGUGGGCGACUACGUCACUCACCCUCUCAGCGACCUUGCCUCAAAGAACUUGGAAAACCGUGGUACCAUGCAUGCCCAGGUUGUCCGCUCGAGCGCCGACUGGUCCAGUGGUAUCUUGACGGAUCACUCCAUCCAGAACGCCUACUCUGAGAUCAUCCGCAAGGCCGAGCACUUUGUCUACAUUGAGAACCAGUUCUUCAUCACGGCCACUGGAGACCAGCAAUCGCCCAUCCACAACACCAUCGGCCGCGCCAUUGUCGAUGCAGUCGUCCGAGCCGGCAAGGAGAACCGUAAGUUCCGCGUCAUCAUUCUCAUCCCUGCCAUCCCCGGUUUCGCUGGUGACCUCCGUGACGAUGCUGCUACCGGUACCCGCGCCAUCAUGGACUACCAAUUCAAGUCAAUUUGCCGUGGGGAGCACUCCAUCUUUGAGCAGUGCCGAGCCCAAGGCGUCGACCCGAGGAACCACAUUUUCUUCUUCAACCUGCGCUCGUACGACCGGUUGAGCAGAACCUCGGCUGUCGAGAAGAGAGAGAAGGACACUGGCGUUAAGUAUCUGGAGGUCCAGCGCGCGCAGGCCGAGGAGGUCAUGGGUGCUGGUAUCCACGGAACCAAGGACCCUGUCGCGGGGGAACGCGACACGCAUAUGGGUUCCGUGAGGGAUCAGUCUGGAAAUGGCCGCCCUCAAGAAGCCAGGGAUGCGCUGGAUGCCAAGAAGAAGUUCGAGGCAAGCUUGGGCGAGAACGGACACAAGACCGUCUACUCAGUUGCUCAUCACGCCAUGGCCAACUCUGGCUCUAUUGAGGAAGAAAUCUGGGACGACGAGGACCCCGAGACUGAGAUCCGCAACUGGAUCCAGGAAGAGCUCUACAUCCACUCCAAGUUGCUCAUCGCCGAUGAUCGUAUCGUGGUGUGCGGUUCCAGCAACCUGAACGACCGCAGUCAGGUCGGCCACCACGACAGCGAGCUGAGUAUCGUCAUGGAGGACACCAAGCAUGUGACCAGCACGAUGAACGGACAGCCGUAUGAAGCAGGAUGGCACGCGACAUCACUCCGACGCUACCUCUGGCGCGAGCACCUCGGUCUCCUCCCCUCCCAGGAGUUGGACGGCAGCAAGGACAUCAACGCACGUCCUCCGGGCGAGGACCCGCCCAACGACCCGUGGGACCGCGACGACAGCUGGAAGUUUACCGAGGAUCCCCUCAGCGACGAGUUGUGGGACAUGUGGACGACGAGAGCAACCAAGAACACCGAGAUGUUCAGGCACCUGUUCCACGCUGACCCCGAUGACCACAUCAAAACUUUUGAGGACUACGACAGAUAUCUGCCUCCCAAGGGACUCAAGUCGGGCCACAUUUUCGACCAGUUCAUGCCAGCCGCCGAUGCGCGAAAGAAGAUUGACCAGAUCAAGGGUCAUCUCGUGUGGUUCCCGCUUGACUUCCUGCGAGAUGCCGAGAUGGCUGAGAAGGGUCUGCAAGUCAACCAGUUUACAGAGAGUGUGUACACGUAA